ACUGGUUCGGCCCUCUGGGCACCUGACAUGGGGCGGGAACCUGGAAAGUCGCUACAAACCCGGAACUGGUCUUCCUGGACUUGAGUUUCUUUUGCCUUCUGUUUCCUUGUACCUCUGGGAAGGGGGUAGGAUAUAAGGGUCUUCAGCCGGGGCAUCCAGACUGACGCUCUGCAGCUACCAGCCUCUCAGGCUUGGGGGGUUGUCCGGCACCCCUCACCUGUGGACCCUUCCCUCCCGUAACUCUGGUCAUGGCGAGAUUUUGGGUCUGCGUGGCCGGUGCCGGCUUUUUUCUUGCAAGUCUGGUUUUGCAUUCGCGUUUUUGUGGCUCCCCGGUUUUAAGGAACUUUGCUUUUCAAAUUUCCUGGAGAUCAGAGAAAGUUGCUUACCGGCUGGAUUUGGAUUGGCCUAAGUAUUCAGACUACUUUACAGGAACAACAUUUUGUGUUACAGUUGACUCACUCAACGGAUUGGUUUAUGUAGCCCAAAGAGGGGAUAACAUCCCAAAGGUAUUAGUGUUCACAGAGGAUGGAUAUUUCCUACGAGACUGGAAUUAUACAGUUGACACACCUCAUGGUAUGUUUGCAGCCAGUACACUACAUGAACAAUCCGUCUGGAUCACAGAUGUAGGAAGUGGAUCGUAUGGCCAUACUGUUAAAAAAUACAAUACCUUUGGUGAUCUUGUUCAAGUCUUGGGUACGCCCGGGAAAAAAGGCACUGGUUUGAAUCCUCUGCAAUUUGAUAACCCUGCAGAACUCUAUGUAGAUGACACAGGAGAUAUUUACAUUGUGGAUGGAGAUGGUGGAUUGAAUAACAGAUUGAUCAAACUGUCCCAAGAUUUCAUGAUCCUUUGGCUGCAUGGACAAAAUGGGACAGGGCCUGCUAAGUUCAACAUACCUCACAGUGUUACACUUGAUUCAUCUGGUCGGGUAUGGGUUGCUGACCGAGGAAAUAAAAGAAUCCAAGUAUUUGAUAAGGAAACUGGAGAGUGGUUAGGAGAAUGGAAUAAUUGUUUCACAGAAGAGGGACCUUCUUCAGUUAGAUUUACUCCAGAUGGGAAGUACUUGAUUGUGGCCCAGCUGAAUCUCAGCAGGCUGUCCUUUCUGGCAGCACCCCCGGUGGGAAGCAUUGGUGACUGCUCUGUGAUCAGCACAAUCCAACUACCAGAUCAAGUUUUGCCGCAUCUCUUAGAAGUUGACAGAAAGACUGGAGCAAUCUAUGUAGCAGAAAUUGGGGCAAAACAAGUUCAAAAAUAUGUCCCUCUGAAUAGCUAUCUUCUUGCAUUCGAUGUAUAGAAUUUUAUUCCUGGCAAUACUUGAGGGCAUGGCAGUUCAGCUUCAUAGAUUCAUUAAAGGUUUACCAUUGCUAUCCAAGCACAAA